GCCUAAUUAUGUAAACAUUUAGCAUAGUGCAGGUAUACCAUGGACAUAAGGCACAUUAUACCGAAUGUUGUGGCUGGUUCGUAUUCAAUUUCACUCGUUUGACAAGUGAGCCCCCUCGUGGCCGUGAAGUUGAAUUGAAUUUGUUUUCAAGUGUCCUUUUUUGCAGUUCGAGGCAAAAGACGACAAAACAAAAUGAGAAUCAGUCCAAAUAAUAGUGAUUCAAUUUGUGUAAUAAUACAAUCACAAAAAACACAUCUGCUACUCCUCCUUGACACCGGAAGUGGAGAGGGUUGUUGCCUAGCAACCAUAUUGUCCACGCGCUCGAGUAGAUAUUAGCAACAAGUCACUAGCGCUGAACCAACCACUCAUUUCUUAACGUUGUUUCAGUGUGUUUGCCGCUUUUUAAACCGACGCUUCUUACAGCAGACCUGAGAAAAUGACGGCCAAGAAGAAAGAGGUGACUUUGCAGGUUUCUGUCAUUAACCAAGAACAGUGGGAGGAGGUUCUUGUUACCAAAGGAUUAACAGUUGUGGAUGUUUACCAACAUUGGUGUGGUCCCUGUCGAGCUGUGCUUAGUCUCCUACGAAAAAUAAAGAAUGAACUUGGGGACGACCUCUUACAUUUCGCUACAGCCGAGGCAGACAGCAUUGAUGCACUGGAGAAGUAUAGAGGAAAAUGCGAGCCCACUUUCCUCUUUUAUGGGGGUGGGGAGCUCGUGGCUGUGCUGCGAGGAGCCAAUGCUCCUCUCCUUCAGAGGAUGAUCAUAGAAGAACUGUCCAAGGAGAAGUUAGUGUUGGAGCAAGGCGGUGAACGUAAAGUGGUAGUAGAUAAUGGUCUCAUGGACGAUGAGAAGAUAGAAGAGGAGGUUGCCCAUCUUCAUUCAGAGGAUGGAGAAAACAUAAUAGUUCCUGCCAGUAAGUCCUACACUGUCGCCAUCAUCAAACCGGAUGCGGUUGCUCAUGGCAAGGCUAAUGAGAUCAUUAUGAAGAUUCAAGAUGCGGGAUUUGAAAUCCUGACCCAUGACGAAUGGAUCCUGACUGAGGUUCAGGCUCGGGAAUUUUACCAGCACAAAGGCACAGAGGCUUGUUUUGAAGACCUGGUGCAGUUUAUGUCCAGCGGGCCCUCCCACAUUCUGGUGCUUUCUCAGCUUGGGGACUCAACCAAUGUGGUGCAGGCUUGGCUUGACUUCAUUGGCCCCACAAACACAGAAGAAGCCAAGAGAGAGAAGCCAGCAAGCCUGCGGGCACAAUACGGCACACAGACGCUGUUCAACGCAUUGCACGGCAGCGAGGACAGCGACCGAGCCAGCAGGGAGCUUGCCUUCUUCUUCCCCAACUUUAGCACGCCCUCGGGAACGGAGCAGGAUGUGGAGGAAGAGCGUGUGGAGAGGACGCUGGCUCUCAUCCGGCCUGACGUUGCCAGGGAAAACAGAGAGGAGAUUUUGGCCCAAAUAAACAAGUCAGGCUUCAAAGUGUCUCUGCAGAGAGAAACAAUGCUGACAGAAGAGCAAGUCAGGCAGUUUUACCUCCAUCAUGUUGAGGAGGAUUACUUCCCUGCGCUGCUGCAAAGCAUGACCAGAGGACCAGUGCUGGCUUUGGCUCUCACCAGAGAACAUGCUGUACAACACUGGAAGGACAUGCUCGGUCCUGCUGAUGUUAGACGAGCCCAAGAGGAGAAACCUGAAUGUCUAAGGGCCCAGUUUGCUGUGGGAGACCAUCCAGUGAACCAACUGCAUGGUAGUGAAUCCACUGAGGACGCCUCCCGGGAAAUCAGCUUCUUCUUCCCCGUACAGCAAACACUGGCUAUGAUCAAACCUGACGCCAUGGAGGAGCACAAAGAGAAGAUCUUGGAGGAGAUCCGUGACAGAGGGUUCUCUAUCAGGCGUCUGGAGGAGAAGCGUCUGUCCAGGGAGACAGUGGAGGCGUUUUACAAGAAACACACUGACCAGCCUUUUUUCAACCAGCUGGUGGAGUUCAUGUGUAGUGGGACCUGUCUGAUGAUGGUCCUAGAAAAGGAGAAUGCUGUAGAAGAGUGGAGGGCCGUGAUGGGUCCUACAGAUCCCGACCAGGCUAAGACGGCAUCCCCGAACUCUCUGAGGGCCCGCUUGGCCUCCGAUAUCCUCCACAACUCUGUGCACGGCUCAUCUAGCCCGCAUCGCAGUGAGGAGGAGAUCAAAUUAGUCUUUGGAGAUCUGUCAGAGCUCACAGAGGCUGACAGCUUAGAUGAAAACACAACUGAAGGUCCACAGGAUGUCUCUUCUGAUAAGCAUCAGCAGCAAUGUGAAAGUAAACAUCACCAAGAUGAGAACAGGAAUCAAAGUCUUCGAGCAGGAGUGAAUGAAGGUCCUGAAGAAGCAUCACACUGAUUGACCAAAAGUCUCUUGUCUUGUCCUGGGCUUCACCACCACUGGAUUAGACUGACUUCUUAAAUCAUGAAAUACAUGACAAAAAGGCAUCCAUGGCUACUGUACAUUUAUUUUUAUUUUUUUCUCUGCUGAGUAAAAACAUGUAUCAAGUGUUAUGCAUGAUGCUUCAACAUUUUUCAAAAUCUAACACAGAAGUUGACUCCUCUUAAGGGCUUGCUUUGUCCAUCUUGUCGUCCUCACUGAAAGACCUCUCGAACAUCUCUGCAAUGCUCCUCUGUUUGUGGUCCUGCACAGUUUCAAAUAAUGAAGUCACAUAAUGGGUUUUCAAUGUAUGGCACGGUGAGCAUCCCACCAGUUGGGGCCUGCCUAAACUUGAAUUUCCGGAGCAUAUUUUGUAAAGUUUUCUGAUGACCCCAGACUUUACUCUAAGAAUCCAUUCCUUUUGCCUUUGACACAACUCAAGUUAGCUUGAAAAAUCAGUUUUUCUUUUUUUUUUUUCUAACUGAUGCACCUCCCCUGAAGUCUUCUGGCUCCUCCCAUCCUGUGGAGGCCCAACCCACACUACCACACACACACACACACACAAAACACACUCCUGAUCAAACGUUUGUCCUGUCUGCAAUAGAGGCAUAGUAGUGUCAUUAGUGGGAGACACCCCCCCUUGUGGCUGACAGGUGUUGAUUAGGCUGAAUCCCAAUUCUACCCAUUACCACCUACGUUAGCCCUUACCCCUAGGUUUUGCGCGUUCACGGGAACCAAGUAGUGUGCUAAGGGGUGUACAGGGGCGUACAGCCCUAAACCCCAAGUGUGGUCAGGGAGCAGGCUUGAAAUGAAGGGGUAUGCGAGGUGUAUUCGGAUACACUCCAGCAGCAGAGCGGAGACCGAAAGACACUACAAUAUACUGUAAAUGUAAGUAAUUAAGCAUAGUUAUUGAUUUUCACAGUGACAGUCAUUUACUACUCUACGUAAAUAUUCGCCUUGUUUUGAAUUGUUGGUUGUCGCUAGAUAUAACUAACAGGCUAAGACGAAUAUCUUAUCUUCAUUGCAAUCAAGUUGUAUUUUUAAAUCACUCACUAGCUUGUUAGUUCGCCAGCGAGGGGAAUCUACAUUACGGAAGUGUACUGUGAAGUUGCCGUUUUAUAUUAGCCAUCUAAUGACAAUGACAAUGAAACGCAGCACAUCGUAGUGACGUCUGUUUACUGUGAAUUAUAGCCACCGUAGCCCACCAACUAUUGUCAUGGUGUGGUACAGUGUGUUUAUUGUAUUCAGCAUUACAGUACGGACGGUCAGGAAGUGAUCUAAAUAAAACAUGUAAACAACAUGGCCACAUGUGGACAGCAAACUAUUUUUUUUACGAUUACUCUACAUUUGUUUUCAGCACACUAUUACUAUACUACUAUUACUAUUAUGAUGUUUUUUUCCAGUGAGUUAAUAGUCGUAGCCCAUCAAUCAUACAUGCAUACAGAAUGAGUCACUCCUGCAGGAGAUGCUGAGCCAAGUGAAGUCAGCCCACUGCUACACCACACAGCACUGCAGCACCAUUCAAAAGAUGCAAUCCCAGUAUGAAGAAGUCAUAUGCAACAAAAUGGCAUUCUGGACUUUCUUACAAAAGAAUGCGUGAGAGAACAUCAACUACAGGGGGAGAGUGAGGCCAAAAACCUUGAAAUAAUGCUUAUACAUUUGUUGAUGUUCAUAAACAUGAUUUCUACUUCAUAUGAAUAUUUGAUACAUUUUCUAUUUUUAGAAAUGCUGCUACAGUGCUGGUUGUAAGCUGUUAUUUAUUACAGUUGUUUGUUGUUUUGCAAUAAAUGUCAGUUUGUAAAAA